CUCGCCAUGCCCAUUGCAAUUUCUAAAUUGACACUCCAAAAAUUAUGGCCGACCCAAAUUGGCCCACGCCACGCCCAAUAUCCACCACAUUUUACUUAUAGAUCAAACAAUAGAAUAGAAGCAUUGCAUUCGAGCCACACAAACAAACUUUUCAUUUUCCACACAACACCCACUUCCCCUAUUCACAUUCAACCAACAAUCACAAAAACAAUUUAAUUAGAGAGUAGGCACUUUUUCUCUUUACACUUCCCAAUGGCCAUUUCGCCUCAACGCCCACCAAUUGGUCCAAUCCUAAGGCCACAUUUCCCUCGAAUCUCUCAUCUAAUUCCCCUUCCAACACGUGUCCGCUGCUCGGCAACCGCGCCCGCCAAGCGCAGCCUGAAGAUCGGCCCUCGGCCGCCACUCCCCAACGGCAACGACCAGUCGUCCCUGAAGUCGACGUGGUCCCACUGGGCGUGGGUCGCCGGGGGCUGCACCACCGUCCUCGUAUCUCUAGCAAAGUCCUUCUCGGGUGCCGCCAGCUCACACGUCUGGCUCGAGCCAAUCCUGGCCGGCCUUCUCGGGUACGUGCUGGCCGAUCUCGGCUCAGGAAUCUACCAUUGGGGCAUUGACAACUACGGUGGCCCAAACACACGUGUUUUUGGAUCUCAAAUCGAAGCUUUCCAGGGACACCACAAAUGGCCGUGGACGAUAACGCGCCGCCAGUUCGCCAACAACCUGCACGCGCUGGCCCGUGCCGUCUUUUUCGUCGUCCUCCCCAUAGAUCUGGCGUGCGAGGACCCGGUCCUGCUGGGGUUCGUCGGCGCGUGCUCCGGGUGCAUCAUGUUCAGCCAGCAGUUCCACGCGUGGGCCCACACGACCAAGAGCAGGCUGCCGCCGGUGGUGGCGGCGCUGCAGGACGGAGGGGUGCUGGUGUCGCGGUCGCAGCACGCGGCCCACCACCGGCCGCCGUACAGCAGCAACUACUGCAUCGUGAGUGGGGUUUGGAACGAGGUUCUGGACGGUUCGAGGUUCUUCGAGGCUUUGGAAAUGGCUGUCUAUUUCAGGUUUGGUGUGAGGCCGAGGUCUUGGGAUGAUCCCACCUCCGAUUGGACCGAAGAUGGACGAAUCACGUCUUUGGAAUCACCAUAAAAACAUUGGAAACAAUUUUUUAGGUUAAAAGAUAGAUUAAUAUUUAUUUGGUAAUUUUUAUUAAUUUAAUUUAAUUUGCUUAAUUGUAAUUAAAAACACAGCACUUUCACUUUUUCAAACAUAAUCAAUAAUCAUUUUUUUCUAUAGAAAAGUUGCACUAAUAUUUGCAACCUUGUCAUUUCGUUGCAAUACGAAUCACCCGUCUACAAAAUUUGACUACAAUGUUAGGGCCUCUCCCAUGUACAGUUGCCUUUCGAAUUAGUAUGCUUUUAUAAGAAAGUGUACGAAUAAAUACCAAAACAUUUCUAUAGUUAGUUUAAUUAAGAGUGGUAUUAAUUUUAGAUGAAUAUCUUUAAUUAAAGUAUUUUAGAGACAACUUUUUUUUGUCUUAUGAUAUUUCAAACUUGUCAAAAUUAUCAAUAAUGUCUAAUUAAAUUAUAUUUGACAUUAAAAAUAAUUAAAAUAAUGACAUUAAAAAUAAAAUAUUACAUGUCGAGUAAAAUAUAGAGCGGAUGGUUGAUGUAAGAGUAAACUCUACAAUAAGAGAUGAUUGGAGAUGGUCUUAAUGUGUCAUAUUUUG